AUGGCCUACGAUGAUCUUGUUGCCAGAUUCACGCUGGCUGGCAGCAUGACCUCGUGCAUUGCCACAUCUCUCGUGCUGCUCUCGUACUUUUUCUUCCGGGACCAACAGUACUCUUUCAGACACGCCCUGAUCCUGAAUCUCGCGGCCGCCGAAUUCAUAAACACGUUGAACAACUCGAUAUCGGGCUUCAUCUACGUUCGGACCAAGAAGCUGAGCCCUGGCCCGGCGUGUACCGCCAACGGCUUCAUCGGCCAGCUCACCGUGCAGGCUGUGGACUUCACCAUUCUCGCAAUCGUCCUCGUCACGCUCUUGACCAUUACUCGCAAGACGUACCUUCCCGAUGUAUCGAUCUGGGCGAAAGCAAUCAUCUGUGCCUCGACAUGGGUCGUUCCCAUCAUCACCAGUGUCGUGGCCGUCUCGCUUGAUGCGAUGACCCCAGUGAGCGGUAACUGGUGUUGGAUCACGGCAAAACGCCCAGACCUUCGGUAUGGCCUCACCCACGGCUGGCGAAUCGGUAUCAUCUUUGUCACGGUCCUGCUCUACGCGUACAUCUGGUGGUUUGUCCAUCGCCACUUCAAGGUCUUGUUUGGUUCUCGCGGUGGCGCCCGUUUCGGAUACAACCCGGUCACAGGCGCUGUGCACACAGAGAGUGCCAGACUGACCAAAGAGAGGCUGGAAGAGUCCCAAGGGACAACGUUGAUUGGAGAAGCCGACACGGGACCAUUGAGCGAUAUCAGACACGCACCGAAAGAUCUGGGGGAUAGCAGAGAUGACAUGACCAUGUCAGACUUCUCGCUGCCGAUUCAGGGGGCUGAAGAUGUCGUGAGCAUCGCGGAACGAGGCUUUGUCCCAAGCGUGACACCACCAGCCCCCACAGUCGGCCACGCGGAGGGGCAGCGCAGCUAUAGCCGGCACCUGGCUGCUGCUGAGAGCGACAAGCCUGAGAUCUGCCCCAGGGUCAGACACUCGGUAGACGUGCGAGUGAGCAUCGCGAAGAGGUCGUACUCGUGGCUGCCACCAGGCAUCACACCGGGCGGCCCGCCGGGCUCCGCCAACCCUAUCACCCCACACACGGAGACCAAAAUCUCAUCGACGCGCUGUUCGCGAGCGGCGGCGUCACAGAACCGGAGACACGCAUCCGUCUCGCGAUAUGAGGUCGGACACCCGUCCCGGGCCCAAAAGGUUGAGAGGGAGAUUCGGCGGAUGCUUCUACUGAACGCGUACCCGACCCUGUACGUGCUGCUCUGGGUCCCGGGCAUUGUGAACAGGCUCAUGGAGGCAACAGGCCGGACACCGUCGAACCCGCGCGCUGUUGCCGCCCUGCAGAGCACGAGCCAGUUCGUUGGGUUCGCCAAUGCGCUGACCUUUGGGUUCAAUGCAACCAUGCGGAGGCGCGUCGGCUCGGCGGCUCUGAAGGCGAGGCAGAAGUUACAGGCCAGGGCUGAAGCAUGGCGUAAUGUUUAG